AUGGAAAGUUGGUCAGUUGAUGAAGUCUGCAACUGGUUGGUGCAGAGAAAUUUAGGAGAAUUAGUUCCUAAGUUUCGUGAGGAAGAAGUGAGCGGAGCAGCUCUUUUGGCUCUUAAUGAUCGUAUGGUGCAGCAGCUGGUGAAGAAAAUUGGGCACCAAGCAGUACUAAUGGAUCUGAUUAAUAAAUACCAGCAACAGAAUAAUGGACUACAAUCUUUUACUUACAGUUGUGAAAUAACUCCUCCAAAGUCACCAGAAGCAAACAGUGGCUCCAUGGGCAUCCAGGUGUUCAGUCCUUUUAGUCCUACGGAGCAGACAGGUUAUAUCUCUCCAACUGAAAAGUAUGAUGGUGGAUUAAUUGACCGAAGAGUGCUAAAGCAGAAAAAAAAUAUAAAACAUGUUUUUGCACGAUGUGAAACAGUACAGUGGACAAACUCAUAUGUUUUACCAGAGUUUCCUUACGAUGUCCAAUGCAUAUUAGCAGAAAGGAAAUGCCCUGACCACAGCAUGAGAAUAAGGAUUAUUGAAUUUUUACAGGCAGACAUGACAAAAUACUUGGAAGGAUCACUGUACCCAAACAGUCAGCAGUAUAAUGUUGUCGUCAAUGCAUUGCUUCAGGCAUAUCCAUUCCUUGAUGAGGAUGGGAAUGGCUUUUUGCUAUGGAAACGAGCCCUUAAAGAUCGCUUCAAAUAUGUGCGGAGACCAAUUGAAGAUGAUGAGCAGGUUAUAAGGAACAAAUGCAAGUUUGGUCACAGGCGAGGACAGACAAAGAAAUCUUCUGCUGAAAACAGAUGUGAUGAAAUCCAAAUGGUGCAAAUAAAAGAAGAGAUUGUUUAUCUUGAAGGACAUGACACUGAGAUGGAUGAACAUAUUAUCUGGUUUAAGCAAGAAUAUAUGAAAACAGAGAGGAACUGGGAAGAAGUUGAUAAAAGGAUGAACAAGACAUUAGAAAUGCGAAGAAAGAUGAUCUGUAACAGGGCACCUUUGAAAGAGAUUCUCCGACUCUUUCCUUUCUUAAGAUGUCCUUAUGAGCUUUUUAGGGAGUUCCAGCUCCUUACACACAUGGAUAUUUAUAAGAAAACAGUUGAGAUUUUGGAGAUUUAUUCAGAAAACAUAUUGACUUUGUACUCGGUGAGAAAUAAUCCAAUUAAUGUGAUGCUGCGAGAAAAUCUGAAACAGCACACAGAGGAAGACAUUCUGAAAUAUAUGAAAAUGACUGCCACAUGCUUACUUCUACCAGAUGUCUUUGGAGAUGAUUCCAGCCUGUUUGCUGCUGUGAAUGAGGAGGUGAAGGUGUUGACACCAGUCUUGGAAGUAAAAAAUCCCUUCAGUGUUAAUACAUGUGAAUUUGCUUUGUAUAUAGAAAAAGAGAAACUGGCCCAGCUGGAUGAUUGUACUAUGGCUCUAGCUGCUCUGUUGGCUGCAUUUCAUGUGUUCGGCAUCCAGUGUCCAAAAAGGAUCCACAACACAUUUAACUUUCUAGAGUCACUGAUUUUGGAGAUGAAAAGUCCACAAUCCCUCCCAAAGAAGAUAAAGAGAAAACUGGAAUUUGAAUGUCUGAACAUUUAA